CCUGAGGUUUCAAAGUACGGCAGAUGCUUGAAGAGAGAAUCGCUUCCUGCGAAGACGAAAGAUGAAACUCCAGCAAAAGAUCCGGAGACAGUCGAAGCUCUGAUUGAUGAAACACUGCGGGUGCUAAUGGACUUGCACCACCUUCAUCAACGACUUGUCAGAACAAGCACUUCGGUUGAAGCGGGAACAUGCUCCCCGCCAGAUCUCCACCGGUCACGCCAACGUUCCUCCAGGCCACGAUCCAACCGCACCAAUUCAGCACCGGAAGAGCGCGUGUCAUACCCAGCCACAAAUUCUUCCCCGCAGGCAGUUGCUCCUCUGCCCCUCUAUUCCAGCCGAUGCAGCUCGAUGGCUGAAAGAAGCAGUGAAUCAGUCCCUUCUCUGACUGAGUUUUCGAGCCGAUGUUCGCCUAUCCCAAGUUCUGCGGCGACACCCCCAGCUUUGCCUUGCAAGUCUCCGUUGCGGAACUCAAGUGUCAUUGACCAAGGUGCGAAUCGCCGCGAUUCCAUUCUGGGGCCAGCGAUUGCGCUUUGCGAUGAGUUAUUGAGUGAGAGUAGAGAGACGACAGAAAAAGUGGAACAAGUCAAAGGACCUACCUCCUAGGGUGAAAUCGUAGCAGAAGAAAUUCAUCACAUCGAACAUGCAACUGAUACAGGAAUAGAACUGGAUAGAUAUCAGAAACACACACAAUUACGGUCUCAUUGUAC